GCGGGGAGACCCGGAUGGCGCGUUCUGAACCCGGAGCCACGAGCGAGCCAAGUCGCCGGAGGAGGGACCUCAGAGCAGCGGCGAAGGGGGGCGGAAGGCUCGGCCUCGGCCCUGCCCCGGCAGACAGUCGGCUCCUCCGGCUCCUGCUCCGGACACGCUGCUGUUCGUGCGCGCGGACCCGUGGCCGUCUCAAGUGCCCUGUGCUGCCCGUUUCCCUCCCGCCCUGGCCUGCCUGCUGUCCUCUCCUGCUUCCAGAGCCAGUCCCUCGCGCUCACGCCCUCAGGCAGACAGACCGGCCUCUGGGACCCGGCUCGCACGGAACCAGGUCUGCACGAGCCGUCGGCCCGCGUGAAUCGUGCGGGGACUGCCUGAGAAGUCAGGAGCGGAGUGGGAUGAGGUGCAGCAUGCUUCACCUGACUGUGCAGGGCGUCUGAGGCUGGACGUGAAGCUGUGCCUCUCACCCCGAAGUAUCGAUGCUUUGCCAUGGAAGAGGGAGCUCUUGGAAGCUGACAGGCGUGGCCCACGAAAGUGGCGUUUCAUCCACAUGAUGGUGUUUGUCUGGCCUCGUAACUGUCUAGAACGGAGUCACUGCGUGUCUGGCUGUAGGGGACCUUAAACUGUCCCAGCACACGUGUCCCGGUGAGACCUUGGCUUCCACGCAGCUGCAGGGAGCAGACUUCUCUGCAGGUUUCUGCUCUGGGGGGCCGGGCUGGGUCAGGAGCCGGCGGGCUUCAUAAUGUAACAAGUUCCUGCAAGAUGCACCCCCCACACACACACAAACUGCAGAGAGAUUCUCAUCCACCCACUCACGUGGUUCCCUGUACUUCAGCCAGAACUUCAUACAUGCACAUGUGUGCAUGUGCAUGCGAAUAAAUAUACCUGCAUGUAUAUUUGUAGACAAAAAUGCAGGAACGUUUGCACAUUUUUGGAGGUUAAACUCACAUGGCAUGUCUACUUGGUAGGAACUGUGUCAUCUGUUGAGAGUGAGGGAGUGCGAGAAUGUGGGAGUUCAGAGGCACACAGACAAGUGCUGGAGGCAGGGGAGAGGCGCCAGUGCCCAAGAUGGGACCUGAGGCCGGUUGCUCUGGCUCAGCCACAGUCGUGGGGCAGGGAGCUCUUCGGAGACGCCCUGUGUGAGGAGGGUCUUCUUCGGCGGACAUGGCUGAUGGCCAGGGGCACGUCAGAAACAAUGCUCACCUCGGCCGACACCCACUGGAGCCGGGAGCCGGGCGGUAGAGGGGAGGGGGUGAGCGGGGGCAAUGCCGUGGCCCCCUGUGACAUGCAACGUGGGUGUGGGGAGAGAUUUUCUGUGAAAAGGCAAGAAGGAGACUACGUCACAAAAACCGAGUGGAGCCUCUGAAUUUUAAUGUUAAAGGUAUGAUUCUAGGUAAAGUCUGGGUAAGGUAUGUGACCCUGGAAGAAUUUGAACUCAGAAGGAGGCAGAGACGAAUUCAAACUAUACCUAUGCCACUUUCUAACAUGUGCUUGCAUGCAUUUCUGUGCUUGCAUGCAUUUGAUUUUGUCACAUUACCGAAGUUCUGAACCUCAGAUCACAUCAUCUAUUAAAUUUAUAAAUGAGCCAUAAUCAGCAGGUUUAUUCUGAGGAAUCAGGAAGCAAAUAUAUGUAACUCUUUAAGCAUAGAGUUACAUUUACUAAAACUUUACCGUUAUAAGUUACAAAUGGGUGAAUUAAACCUAAUUCUGUUAUGACUCAUUAUUAUUGUCAUUUGUGAAAUACACAUGAUUAUUGAUGUUUUAAGGGAACAUUUACAUAACUUUAUACAUGCUGUCUCACACACACACACACUGAAAUAAAUAAUGAAAUUGGGGAAAUUCCUGCUAACAAUGACUGGUAAGGGCAGGAUUUCAGCUGCUGCUUUUCUAAAAACAUCAGACGGAACAACUGAACUUCCUCCCACGAUGCCUUCCUUCUGUGUCCUCCAAGCCCACUGGCCCAUGAGGACGCUGAACGGGAGAGUCGUUCUGUGACCCACACACGCUGGUCUCUGACGCAAGGGGCCUUCAGGGGUACAUUUGCAAGGUGGAUGCCGUUCCUCUAAAUGGAGUAAGUCACUGAAUUGAUGAACCCUAUCAUGAAAAGUAUUCCCAGCUCCCUUGGUUCAUAACCAUCUUCAUGCAGCACAAACCUGAAGGUCAGGUGGAGGGCUCGAUGUUCGUGGGAACCUCACCUGGAGAGACGGACUGUCCAGGACAAGCGUGCGCGGGGGCCGGCGGCAGGAGUGGUAGGGCUGGACUGAGGGACCAGGCUGCUGCACGGAGCAGGAGAGACGCUGCUUGUGAGCAAACUACGAAGACGGAACCUGAGCGGUCUCUCCGUGGAGGCUGGAGGUAGAGCUUUGCCACCUGUGUGGUGAAGACCCAGAGGACGGUUGGCAGCGGAGCUGGUGACAUGGAGUCGCAGUGCAAGCACAGCACACGGAGCGCUGAGUCCUUCAUUCUGGCUGUGACCCAGGAGCAGUGCAGGAGGCAGAGUGACACCUGGGGCCUCGUGGGAGUUUCCGAUGAACCAAAGAGGCCAGAACAGUCAAGGCUUCAGGGGUGCGGGGAAGCGGUGUCCUUCGAGGACGUGGCCGUCGACUUCACCCGGGAAGAGUGGGCCCUGCUGGACGCGUCCCAGAGGAGGCUGUUCACCGACGUGAUGCUGGAGAGCAUCAGCCACCUGCUCUCGACCGCAGGCAGUCGGCUCCACAAAUCCGAUGUGAUUUCCCAGUGGAAGGAGGGAGAGCAGCUGUCAAGAGAUGGGACAGGCGGGCUGCAAGGCCAGAGUCCAGUUAUUUCAGACAGGAAAGAUGAUUUUAAAAAACAAGAAAGGACAUCCACUCAACGUUUCCACAGGAAGGACACGUCCCUAGUCAGGGACAUGCAGAGAUUUCCUACUGAAGAAGAUCUUUUUGAAUGUAAUGACCUGGGAGAAAAUUUUACUGAAAUCUUAACAUUGACUCCAUGUAUGAUACCUCGCAAUGGAGAGAAACCCCACAUCAUCCAAGAAUUUAGAAGAGUGGUCAGUCACUUUGAUCAGGAUAAACCAGGCGGUGUGAGGAGUAAGCCACACGAGUGUCAGGGUGGGAGCGCUUUGACUCGACGCUCUGCCGCCAGACAGCACCGCAGAGCCCAGGGUGGAGAGAAGGCCUUUGAGUGUCACGUGUGUGGGAAAGCCUUCCGUAAUGCUGCGAACCGCAGAAGGCACGAGAUGAUUCACACUGGAGAGAAACCGCACGGGUGUCACCUGUGUGGCAAGGCCUUCACUCACUGCUCUGACCUCAGGAAGCACGAGAGGACGCACUUUGGAGAGAAGCCACAUGCGUGCCAUCUCUGUGGGAAAGCCUUCAGUAAAAGUUACAACCUUAGACGACAUGAGGUCAUUCACACUCGUGAGAAGCCGCACGGGUGUCACCUGUGUGGCAAGGCCUUCACUCACUGCUCUGACAUGAGGAAGCACGAGAGGACGCACUUUGGAGAGAAGCCAUAUGCGUGCCAUCUCUGUGGGAAAGCCUUCAGUAAAGUGUCUUACCUGAGACAACACGAGCGGACUCACAAUCAGGAGAAGCCACACGAAUGUCACCUGUGUGGGAAGGCCUUCACCCACCGUUCCCACCUUGGCAAACACGAGAGAACUCACACCGGAGAGAAGCCCUACGAGUGUCGUCAAUGUGGAAAAGCCUUCUCUGACUCUUCUGUCCUCAGACGACACUCGAGGACACACACGGGGGAGAAGCCCUACGAGUGUCGGUUGUGCUGGAAAGCCUUCGCCGACUCUUCUGUCCUGAAACGACACGCAAGGACACACACUGGGGAGAAGCCGUACAGGUGUCACCUGUGUGGGAAAGCCUUCACCCACUCUUCUGUCCUCAGGCGACACGAGAGGACUCACACUGGCGAGAAGCCGUACGAAUGCGGCCUAUGUGGCAAGGCCUUCAACAGAAGCUACAACUUCGCACUGCAUCAGCGGAUUCACACCGGAGAGAAGCCGUACAAGUGCUAUCUGUGCGGAAAGGCCUUCAGUAAGUAUUUUAAUCUUAGACAACACGGAAGGACGCACACUAUAAGGGUUAUAAAUGUGGAAGACUCACCACCCAUACUUCAAAGCUCUAAACACUCUUGAGGACUCACACAUUGAAAAACAAAAGCUGUGUUUGUAAUCAGUCGGGAAGAGCCUUCAUUCAUCCGUAUUUCGUCCAGCUGAAGUUAACUCAGAAUGGACAGAGUCCACUUGUGGAGUGUCUCCCUGACAAAGUCUCUAGACAGUGGACUGACCUGGUAGGAGUCAAGCUGCGAGUGGAAUGGGUAUGUGAGCGCCUUUGUCCACAGUUCUGUCAGUCAAACCAGAUGGAGAAGUCAGAGGCUGGCCCCGGGGCGUGGACUCACAGGGCCCGGGCGCUGGCUGUGUGGGGCCCGCAGGCCGCUGGUGGGGCAGGACCUGGGCUCUGGCCCUGACCAUGAGGGGCUGCUGGCUGGGGCUUCUCGCCACGCAUGUGGUGGCGGGUGCUGUAGCAGGGACUCUGGAGCGCUGUGUGAUGGGCCCCCUGACUGCGCUGAGGCGAGGCUCCGACCAGCGCCGUGUUCCACCUGGGGCCGACCCGACCCUGGGCCCCUCCACAGCCAGCGUGCCAGCCUCCUCCAGGCUCCUGCUAGCACUGCGCCGCUGACCCCCAUUCCCCACCAGCAGGGUUUCUCCUGGGCGGGGGUCCCAGCAGGAACCAGGGCCUUUUCCUCACCAGCAGUGAGAUCUGGAUCCAAACCGAGGAUGGACGUCUGCCGGCCCAUCCCUGGGUCUCAGCGGGGACUCGACAGGACUAAGGCGGGAGGGGGAGAGCAGGUGGGGGACACUAACAAUGAGGGUCCGGCCGACUGGCUUGAGUCAGACCCUCGGUAGCUGGUGGUGGUCCCUGGGCAAGUGCUUGUGCAAGCCCCCUGCUGUGUCUCCCCAUGGAAGUCCCAGGCAGGAAGCAGAAUCGGGGGCCUCUCAGCCACAUAAAGAUUCAGUUAAUCUAACCCAUGAGUGACUGAGGGAAAAUGGGGAAAUCACAUGUCAGAGAGAUUCUGUGCACGUAACCAGUGUAGACCUCAUUGGACUCAUCAUUUGUCCUUUAAACAAAGCAGCGAACCGCACAGGAGAGCAGCCCUGGACCUGCGGCCACCGCACACUGUUCAGCCCCGCCCCGCCCUGGUGUGCGCCGGGACAUUCUGGGCCGGGCGGCUGCUGAAACAAGCAGCGAGCGGCACACACCCACGACCAGGAGGGCAGUGCUGCUGGAAGAUCAGCAGAUAAUCUGUGCUGAAAAAGCUAUUCUGUGAAGAAGGGUAAAAUGUUAUUUACCAGUGAGCCUAGGGUGUGACUACCUGCCACAAACUGCUUUUAGUUAAUAAGCUUUAAUUCCAGACCCUCCUUUGUGGCUACUUUGGGUCCCCAAGUUUGUAAGGCUGCCUUGCAGGCCCCCCUGAGCUUUCAGGCUUAGCACACGGCCCCUUUCCUUCCACACUGUUGCUGCCAGUGACUGACGUUCAGAACGGCCCUGCGUGGAUUUGGCGGUGGGCGAACAAAGCCACAUCGGAAUUUAUUUCAUGACGUGGCUGGUCAGUUCGGCGGCUUUGUCACUGUGGUGGGGUCAACAGCGCCCAUCACGCACAUCUGCUCCUGAAGUCCCUGCGCGGAAGGCAGCAGGCAUCUUCACGGGACUGGCGUGGGAGGUGAUGUGAACGGGGAAAGUGAAAAGCAGACACUGGGAAAGUUCGUAUAUCAAGUUACCGCUUGGGUAGGAGACUUUGAACUUGGUCAGACAUGCACAGGGGGGCUGGAGUGAAGCUGGCUGACCUCUAGUACAGUGGAGGGCUCCCAGCCGCAGACGGUGGACACAGCACGGCCAGCUCCACUCCGACGCAGCCUCCACUGGGAAGGGGCCCUCCGGGCUCCGGCGUCUGCUCUGUCCAACUGCUUUGGGAACGCGAGAGACGAGGGAAAACCUAAUCACAGCUGAGUUCCACAGGCGUCAGGCCAGUCCGGGCUCCCGCCUCUGGCACACCGCCCCGCCCCUUGCACUGGGCUUGGAUUUGCCCAACAAAGGGACCCAUCUCACUAAAUAGUAGAGAACAAGGAAGAGCGUUUGAAAGGGAACCUUGACUAUUCUUUUAUAUAUACUUGACUUCACUGUAUUUCAGUUUUAUAAAAAUGCCUUUUCAUGACACCUACACCCAAAUGCCAGCAACCUGGGAGAAGCAUUUACUCGGGUGGGAGAGAAGUUUUCUUUACUUAGGAAAAAUAACCACUGUCUGUUUCCACCUACACACCACAAACAUGGAGCUGCUAUAAUGCUUCACUCAGUUGCCGGGUAUAGGAACAAUAAUAAGACCAGUAUUUUUGAACACUUGGUCAAGACUUUACAUAAAAAUACCAUCCUAUUUUCCUCCUAAGUCUAUAAAAUACCAGAAAUUGUUCUCCCACAUCUGCAUGUAUUCAGGAAUUUCAAGUUACACUUUGCACGACCUUAAUUCCCAAUCCCUGGCUAUUUGGGCUCAGCCACAAAAGAUCAAAAUCA